AUGGUUUUGUCCCAUGUUUUUAAUCAACUUCUGAAUCCAAACGGUGCUGUCAAUCGCCGUCGUCGUCUCUUCAUCCCUCCGUCGACAAACUUCCCUCUUUUCAAAUAUGGGGCAGACGAUGACCAAAGGUCCUUUCUUUCAUUAGAUGAAACCACCUCACUUCUCACUGGUCGUGAUGAUGUGAGCGAUGCUGUCAGUGUGGCGCUGUCACGAUCUCUCCCGUCGACAUUGAGCUCUGCUCACACCAAUGAUGACCAAGAAUCGUUCCACAGUUGGCUUGUAGAGGAACAUCAACGACGUCAAUACAACGAUGAAAAUGCCGACUGGACCGGGACUCCGGGCGCCGGAUCUCCGGAAGGUGACCGUAGAUCUUAUGCUUCUGGGAAGUCGAGGGGACUGACUCUUUCAGACGUCAAGUCCAGUGUCCUUCUCCUAGACCACGAGGAUUUUGCCAAUUUGCGUACGACGUUUGCGUUGGAGACCCGUAUGUUGUUUAGGUACUCGUUCCCGCUUAUCAUCACUUUCAUAUUAGAGCACUUGUUUUCGAUCGUGUGUUUGUUGGUAGUGGGUCAUCUUGGUAAAAACGAAUUGGCUGCGGUCUCUCUUGCCUCCAUGACAUCGACCAUUACACUCGCUAUUUUUGAGGGAAUCGCUACUUCCCUCGAUACUCUCUGUCCGCAGGCUUACGGCGCUGGCAACCAUGAGUUGGUCAGUGUGCAUGUUCAGCGGUGUGUAGUCUUUUCAUUGUGUGUCUAUGUUCCCUGCGCACUUUUCUGGUGGUACAGUGGCUCGCUCCUCAAAUAUGUGAUUGAUUCUGAGAAAGUUUUGGAGCUCACAACCAAAUUUUUGCGUGUUCUCGUGGCGGGCGGGCCCGCGUACAUUUUUUUCGAGAACGGAAAGCGGUUUCUCCAGGCACAGGGUAUCUUUGAGGCUGGAACUGGUAUUCUAUUCAUCAGUGCUCCGAUCAAUAUCUUCCUUUCUUGGUACCUUGUGUGGAACGAGACUUAUGGUUUGGGCUACAUUGGUGCACCAAUCGCGGUGGUAAUCAACUUUUGGGUCAUGAGUCUUUUGUUAGUAUUGUAUGUAAUGUUCGUUGAUGGGUCAAAGUGCUGGUUUGGCUUGUCCAAACUCAAGAACUUGUUCCAAAACUGGGGCCAGCUUUCUCAUUUGGCUAUCCCGGGAAUUAUCAUGUUGGAAUCGGAGUACGUUGCUUACGAGAUCAUGACCCUUUUUGCGCUGUACUUUGGUACAGUGGAGCUUGCGGCACAAAGUGCUGUGGGUUCAAUUGCAUCCUUGACCUAUAUGGUCCCAUUUGCUGUUAGCAUCGCCGUAUCCACAAGAGUCGCAAAUUUUGUAGGCGCCGGCAACCUACACUCGGCAAGAAAAGCGACUCUUACUGGUAUGGUUUUUGGCGUUGGUUUAGCCUCCGUCAAUUGCAUUGUUUUGCUUUUGUUCAGUCGUCAAAUUGGUGGCUUAUUCACCAACGAUCCAGAAGUCAUUGAUCUCAUUGUCUCCUUGUUCACGCCACUUGUCGCUUGUCUUCAACUCUUUGAUGGUCUUGCCUGUGUUUCUAAUGGUAUUCUCAGGGCUCAGGGACUGCAAAAACUCGGAGGCAUUGUCAAUUUCGUGGCAUAUUAUGCUGUGGCUAUGCCUCUCGCAUUCGUCCUCACCAGAACGACAGAUUUGAAAUUGCGUGGUUUGUGGCUUGGAGUCGGCACAGGAAUGAUUAUGAUCGCUGUUAUCGAGAGUUUAAUCAUCAUAAAUUGUGACUGGGAUGCGGUCCUAGUUCGCGCGGGGCUUCUCAUGGAAUUUGAGAAUUCGGCAAGCGAAGAUGAGCUUUGA